UGCGCGUUUAGGUCCGUGUCGGGUACUUCGCAUCUUUCCAAUCUGUCUGUGUUUGAGCCGCCAUUUUGAGCCGCCAUUAUGUGGCUUUCUGUAAAAUUGGUGGUAUCGUGGUAAAUUACGUGGUAAAGUUACGGAUGCGUUUUUCUCCCAUUGUGACUGUGGUGCGUGAAUCGUGACACGAUCGGCAUGCACUAGCACGUCCCGGGUCGUGUUUUACGUCCCGUUUGGACCGCUUGGCGGACCUUGGAAGUAGGAAAUUUUCGCGUGUUUUUUCACUCCCUUGGCACGGGAGUUUUCUUCGCGCACACACACGCCCCGUCGCCGUCGUCGCCCGGGCCGUCGCCUUCUCGUCUCCCUGCCCGCCGUCGCAGCCGCCGCUGCCGCGCCCUGCCGCUCGCCGUCGGUCGUCGCUUGGUAAACGCGGUUCGACGUCGCCGUCCGUCGCUGCUAUUUUGCCCGGGAGUGCGAGUGUGUGCGUGAGCGAGAGGGCAAGCAGUGUGGAAGCAGUGUGAGCAGAGCACGUUGCGGGUAGACGCGAGUGAGUGGAAGCAAGAAAGAAGCCAGAGAACGUGAAGCGCGCGCCCGCCGUGAAAGAGUGCGAGUGAGUGAGAGAGCGUUGUGGUACGGUGGAGCGAAAGAGCAACGGCAGCUCAAAGUGUCAGUGGCGCUGGGCUGUGUGCCGCAAGUGCGAGUGAGAAAGCGUGCGCCGUGUGGUGCGAGUGUUUUGUGAGUUCGCGCGCUUGCCUAGCUUUUUUUUUUCUUCUUUCGCUCGUGCCUGGUUGUUUGCAGGGCGGCAGCAUUAAAGCGCAAGGGGCAGCAAAUUCUGGCGUGCAUUUGUCCUGAGUGUGUGUGUGAGUGUGCGUCUGCUAGUGGCAUCCGGAAAUAUUGUUUGCCUAUUGUUCUAGCGCGUAGUGCACGGUGGUGCGUUGCAAAUCCACGCUUCCACCCAACAAAAUCGCGCGCGCUGGCGCACAAACACACACGCACACCCUGGCAGCCCUACAUCCCUGCUGCCUUCCCGCCCGCCCGCCUGCCAGCUGUACCCGCCUGUUUUCGGUAGGGAUUCUCUCCCUUUGGCUGGCAGCACGGUAGGGCCUACUUCUGGGUGAGGUGCGGUGCCGUGCCUGCGUGUGUUUGUCGAAGGAGCAGACGGAGCGCGCAAGCGAGAAGGAGCGAAGCAGCGCACAAACGUCGACGAAAGCAACGGCCAAGAACGGCGCAACGGGAAAGAGAGAGAAAGAAGAGACGGGAGCGCGCGCACAUUCACGGGGAGUAGAAGUCGCGUAAGCAACGAAAUAAAAAAAAAGUAACCAGAAAGAAUCAAAGCAGGCCCCAGCAAAGCGAAUAGAGAGCGUGUGGAGCUUGUUCGUGAAAAGAAGGAGAGGGAGGUGUGGUAGUAGUAGCUGUGCUAAAAGGAAAGACGCCGCUUUUUUUCAGCAGGCAUUCAAGCCGUGCGAAAAAGAACAAGCAAAGAGAGGCGCACGGAGCAUCCUCAUCAACCCUACCCCCGGGUGUCUACCCUGGAACGGGUGAGAUCAAGAGAGAGAGGACGACAGAGAAGAAAGAAGGAAGAUUCCUAGAAUACAGGAAGCUCGUAGAAAAAAGGCAGAGGAAGAGAUUGGUACGAAAUCGUGUGUAGCGGAAAGGGUUGAAUGGUAGAAGAAAAAGCUCCACGGCACGGCUCGGUCGAAUGGGUGGAAGCACGACAGGAGCGAGAUGAGCGAUCCGCCACCACCAACAACACUACCACAACCACCACCACAACAACAACAACCACCACCAACCCACCAAAUGAGCAACUAGGAAAGUGAAAAGCAAAAACACACGUAAAAUAACAACUCAUCUCGAGUCGAGCCAGGCAGAACCAGCAGCAGCGGCAGCAACAUUAAGUGUGGGGGUAGCGAAACUAGCAAAAGAACAAACGGAUCGAAUGGUGUAGCAACCGGGAGGCGAGCAAAAAGGCAACAACAACAAUCCUCUCCCCCCCCACCACCACACACUCUCACCCGCCCUUGCACAGUCGCACAACAAAACGGCGAAGGGAGGAGGGCAAACGAUCGUCUACGCUACCUACCACCCUUACUACCACCGUCAUCAUUAUUGCCGCCACCAUAGAAACGCGCUGCCAAGAUGUCGAAGCUCUCGUUCCGGGCAAGGGCCCUCGAUCCGUCGAAACCGAUGCCGAUCUAUCUGGCGGAGGAGCUGCCCGAUCUGCCGGAAUACUCCGCCAUCAACCGUGCAGUGCCACAGAUGCCGAGCGGCAUGGAGAAGGAGGAGGAAUCGGAGCACCAUCUGCAGCGAGCAAUAUGCACCGGACUCAUCAUUCCUACGCCCGAGGUGUACGACUCGACAGAUUCCGAGUUCUACGACAAAUACUACCCGCCCGACUACAAACUGCCCAAGCAGCUGAUCCACAUGCAGCCACUCAACCUCGAGCAGGACAUACCGGAUUACGAUAUGGACAGUGCGGACGAGGUGUGGGUAACGUCACAUGAGAAGAAGCUCGAUCUCGAUCCGCUCAAGUUUGAAAUCAUGAUGGAUCGGUUGGAAAAGAGCUCCGGCCAGACGGUGGUCACACUAAACGAAGCCAAAGCCCUCCUAAAGCAGGACGACGAAGUGAGCAUAGCUGUGUACGAUUACUGGCUGAACAAGCGGUUAAAAAUGCAACAUCCUUUGAUACUGUACGUGAAGACGGAGAACCGGGGCAACAUGACACCGAACAACCCGUACCUUGCGUUCCGGCGGCGCACCGAAAAGAUGCAAACGCGAAAGAACCGCAAGAACGAUGAGUCGUCGUACGAGAAGAUGCUGAAGUUGAGGCGGGAUCUCUCGCGCGCGGUGACGCUGCUGGACAUGAUCAAGCGACGGGAGAAGCUAAAGCGGGAACAGUUGCACCUGAGCAUCGAAAUCUACGAGAAGCGCUACCAGGCGCAGGAUUUCCAUGGUCAUCUACUGUCCGAGUUUACUUCGAACGCGACGCGUGUUUCGAGACCUGCCUUCGCUCCGAUCUACUCCAACCAGUACGCACCGUUGGCUGGCGGCCAGGGCGUGAAUGCGGUGGGCACGGGCGCCGGCUCGUAUGCCUCCUCGUCGCAGUACGGUGGGGCGGGUGGCAGCAGCGGCACGAACAAGCGUGAUAAUGAGAGUCUCAGCAGUCGAAAGGAGAAGCGACAGUACAAAAAGCGGAAGCAAAAACUGCAGAAAGACCGUGGGCUGUCGUCGGGCGGUGCCGGGAGCGGCAGCGGUGGUGUGCCGGGCGGUCGUGGCGAUGCUGCCGGGGGCUCGAGCAGUGGGAGCGGUCUGGGCAACUCGGCCAGCCAUCACCAUCUGCAUCCACAGCAGCAGCUGCACUAUCACGGUUCGAUGGUGGGAGGCAUCGGUGGCCGCGGUGUUGAUGGUACUGUGUCGGGCGGACAUGGGACGGAUCAUCAUCACCAUCUGCACGGCACCGGCGAUCAUGCUGUUUCGUCCGAUGACGAGGAGCUGGCGAAUCUGCAAGGAACGUCGCCAGAAGAAGAGUACGCUUAUGCAUUCCGAAGGAGCAAACACAGCCAGUAUCAUAGGCCUCGUGCGGAUGGCUACGGUAACUGGCCGUGGACGUCUCGGGAAGAAAACGGUUCGGCGGAUCCAAGAUUUCGAUUUACGCUUACUUCUUUACGAUAUCCUAGACCCCGCUGUAUCGGUUUCGCCCGCAGACGCUUGGGGCGCGGUGGCCGUGUCAUAAUAGACCGAAUAGCGACCGAUUUCGACGACCUGUGGUCCCGGCUGGACUACACGAUUGUCGAGAGUGAAACGAUCGCAUCGCUAACCGCAAACGAGCCAGCCAAAUCCCGCGACGAGCAGCAGAAGGAGGACGCUAACAACGAACCGAUUGUGGUGCCGAUCGGAAGGCGACAAAUGGAGCGUACGGUCAGCGUGAGCAGCAACUGCAGCAACACGAGCAGCAGCGCGGGUGUAGUGGUGUCGUUGAAACCUCCCCGUCUACUGCCCGGCACCACCACCGCGGCCUCCGUCAACCACCACCAGCACCACCAGCCGCUGGUGAACGGAACCGAUGAGCCCGGUGCGGCCACGAACGGCACCCCGGGCACGAUCGUGUCGCGCCGGAAGCUGAUCCUAAAGCAGGAGCAUCCCGCACUGCGCGAUUACGAAUCCGAUGGCGGCGAGAUCCAGUUCCUGGCCAGCAUCGGUCUGAUGAACAAGGCCGAGUCGCAAGAGUCGUCCGAGGGCGCCGCGUUCGCGAGCACAAAGCGACGCCUUCGGUUCGACAGUGAGGAGAAGGACGAGCAGGUUGAAAGUGUAGUGGCAAGGGAGCAGCAGCAGCAGCAGAGUGGCGUGUGCGAUGAACGAACAUUGAGUGGCGUUCCAAACUCAGAUUCAAUUGUGAUAAAAAGUGAAAACGACACGGAACCGCUGGUGUCGACGGUGGGUGGCUGGGGCGGUUCGGUUGUAGUGAAGCAGGAGGAGCCGGAGGUGAUGGAGGAUCACCAAAAGACGGGUGCAGCCUCCGGGGGAGGAGUGCCGAUGGCAGAGGACUUUGAGCAGUUGAUAGACAGUGUAAAUAGUCGCAAUAACGCCCGGAAUCGUUUUAACGUUACAACCGUAGCCGUAAGCAGCAAUAGUAUUAGUUCCACGUCGAACGUCGAAAGGGUCACCACCACGACCACCAGUCCGACCACCGCCACCGUCGGUGGACAGUCGCAGGAGCAACAGCAGCAGACGGUCGGUUCGUCCGCAAGCAGGCAGCAGGGCCCGGGUGGAUCUCCUUCGCGCUUGCACGACGCCACGCGCGAAGAUAUCGACGCGGUGUACAAGGAUUUGCUGAACGACAUUCAAUCGAACUGGUUACACUUUCGCCCGAAAACGCCGGAACCCAGCCAGGACGAUCUGCUUACGCUGGACGGUGAGGACGACCUGAUGGAGCAGUGUCUCGGUUUGACCGAUCGCAAUCGCAUCACGCUCGAACUGCAGGCGCUCGACGAACAGCUACCUGCGACGAUAUUCUCCACCACCGCCAGCAGCAGCAGCACCAAGGGAUCGUUGGGAUCCUCGCUGUUCCGUACGACACCGUACGCGCUGGACAAUCUUAUCGAACCGCAUCCGUUGUCGCUCGACGGUGAAGGCGACGGUUCGGGAGCGAAAGCAGCAACGACUGCUGGCGCAUCCACGUCCUCCAUCGAGGUAAAGCUGGAGACGUCGGGUUCGUCCAGUGGGGAGAACAAUCUCAGCGUGCCGUCCGAGCUGAACCUGAGCUUGAACGAAUCGAGCGAGGACAACGAGAAGAUGCUGGACAACAUUCUGCAGGAGUGCGCGAUCGAUGAUCCGAAGCAGCUGCACCAGACGAGCAACUUCUGGAACGGCAUCCUGGACGACGGUAUGCUGAACAGCCUCGACACGGGCCCGAAGGAGGAGGACGAACCGAUGCCGGAGGAUCCGGACACGAGCGAAUCGAACCUGCUCGCCUUCAGCACGGCAAAGAUUGGCUAUCAUUCGGAUCUGGUAGGGUACGGGCGUCCUGCCGGUGCGGCGGAUCGGCGCACGAGCAAGAGCAAACGGCGCAAGCUGCUGAAGCGCUGCAGCUAUCUGGUGGGCAGCAGCUACUUUGCGGUGAAGAGUUUGCCCAAGGAGGAAAUCUUCCAACCGCUGCUGGAUGCGGACGGUCAGCCGAUCGUGCUGGGCGAUGGUGAGCUGCUGGAUGCGCUCGGCCCUGGGGGCGACCAGUGCGACCUGCACGACGUCGACGAGGCGAUGGACGCGGACACGGCGGUCGGCGUCGAAGCGAUGGAAAUUAAAAUGGAAGAGGAAGCCUCGCUGGCCGCGGCAGCAAACGAGCUGUCGGAGACGUCCACUCCGAUGGCACUGGGGCCGGGCGAGCAGCACGUGGUCAAGAUUGAGCCGCCGGACGAGCUGGUGGCGUCGAGCGAACGCAGCGAGGCGACACUGUUGGGCAGCACGCCGACCGCGGUACAGUUUCUACCUCACAACACUACGUUGGUUGCUCCCGACGGGACCACCAUCAAGAUGGAACCGUUCAAUCACAUUAGCUCCAUGGCGGCCCGCAGCUCGACACCGGACGGCGCACCAGCGGGACGCGCAGUGCCGACCGGCUCGACGACACUCAUCCCGGCCACCAUCGUGGUCUCGCAGCCAUCGUCGACCGGCGGCAAUUCGUCGAUGUUUUCCACCACCGGUGGCAGUGUGCCGGCCGUGGUGUCCGUCGCCCUUCAGCAGGGUGGUUUGCAUCAGCUCGUGCACACCUCGUCCGCCCCGUCGAUGGCCCCAGGCACGACAAUGCUCGUGAUGCAGUCCAUUCCAUCGAACAAUAGCGCGGGCUCGGUACAAUCGACUCCAUCGGCGUCGGUCGCUGGUACGCCGACCUCCUUCCUGCUGAGCACUAGCGGAAACACAAACGCCAUGGGCGCGGCGUCCUCGAUCGCUGGUUCGAUCCUAGUGCAAACUUCCGCCUCCUCAUCGCUGGCCAACGCCGUCCAAUCGUCCUCCGCCUCGUCCUCAUCCGCCGCCUCGCUACUAUCCAACUCCACGCCGAUCGUCGUCACGGUGCCACCGGCCAGCAGUAGCGGCAUGUCGUCGGUAACGGCCGGCGGCGGCACGCAACCGAUGAGUGUUGUAAUGCCGACGAGCGGUACCAACACGGUCGUAUCGAUCGCUGCACCGAUCGUCGUGUCGUCUGCCUCCGUCUCUUCGCUGGGCCAAUCGAUCGCCAACGCCCAGUCAGCGUCGAUCAUCGGGAACAGUGCCGUGGUCAGCAGUAACAGCGUCACGUCCGGUGUGAACACUGCCACCGCGCUGAACAGCUACAUCGUGCAGCACAACUCGACGCCGAUCAUGAUUUCGCACCAGCAAAUGCAGCAGCUGGCAAACAGCGGCGGGGCGAACAUUAUGACCGUCGGGGGACAGCAGGUUGUCACGACCAAGCAGCACCACGGGGAAACGUUUGUGCUGACCCACGCGACCGGCAAGAAGCAGAUCAAUGGACCGUCCGAUGGAAGCAAGAAUGCCACCACAUCUGCCGUCACGAUGCAAAACAUCAAUCAUACAAAGUUCCACGCGCUGCUGGGUCAAAAGCUGGGCGCCAAAGCGAACGACAGUGCGCACCAGAAGCAGCUGGAUUUUUUACGCAAAGCCGCGCUGGUUACAACCGCCACGGGUAACAACGCCGCGCCAAAGAUGAUCGUGAAGACGGCCAACCAUGGCCAGCAGCUGCUCGCUGUCACGGCCGUCAGCAGUGCCGGCGGCAUGACGGUGCACCAUCCGCAAUCGGCGUCCCAGCAGCAGCAGCAGCAGCAACAGCAGCAGCAGCAGUACAACGUGAUCCACCAGAACUCGCUCAACUCGCCCAUCACGAUCGUGUCCGCGCAAAGCUCGGGCCAGGGCCAGGCGAACAAGAUCAUACUGAACUCGUCGCACUUGCUGCAGCAGACCGGUGGGGUGCCGUUGAACCACGGCAAGCUGCAGCUUACCACCGUACACCAGGGCCAGCAGCAGGGCGGAGGAGCAGGUGGUCAGGUCGGUACGGUCAACAGCGACGGGCAGCUGGUGACGCUCGAUCCAUCGGGCCAGGGGCAGGGCAUCGGUGGCGUUAAGCAGGCGGACAAGAACCGCGUAUCGCUCUACAACAUCAAGGGCCGCACGCCGAUGAUUGUUACGAACCAGAAGCUGCUCAACCUGCUGCCACCGGCGCAGCAGCAGAAGCUCGCGAACAUUGCGAUGCAGCAGACGCACCAGCAGCUGCUGCUGAACCAGGCGGGGCACGGGGGCAGCACGACGAUUCUUAGCAAAGGGCAGAUGAUUCAGCGUGUCCCGGUAAGCAUCCGGACGCUAACCCAGUCCCACCAGCAGCAAACGAACCUCGCCGACAUGGUCGUGGUGAACAACCCGAACAGUAUCAAGUUCAUUCAGGCGGCGGCAUCGGCAGCAGCAGCAGCGGUCGCAGCCGGAGGCGGAGGCGGAGGCAAUGUGGUGAACAACAACAGCAGCAGCAGCACGGCCGGAACGCUGGCCACGAGUCGGGUGAACUCCAUCACAACGUCGGUCGCGUCCAGCACGACCAUGAAUGCUUCCUCCGACGGUGGCACGGGUGGCGGCACAGGCAGCAGUAGCGGUGGCGGCGCAGGCAGCAGUAGUAGCAGCAGCACAAGCAACUGUGUACAAGUGGCCACACUGUCCACCUCGACGGCAAACGUCAACAGUAGCGGCGGCGGUGGAACGUUGGCGAACAGCAGCAGCAGCAGCAGCAGUAACUCUGUCGCUUCAGCGGCCACGUCUACGGUCGUCACGGCAGCGUCGGGCGCUGCUGGCGGCGGCAGCACAACGGUGGUGGUUGGUAGUGCCAACAGCAAUGGUGGUGCCGGCGGCAACGCUAGCGGUGGUAACACUAACUCUACAGCCAGUAUAAACAUUACCAAUAGGCAGGGUAGGAAAAUAGUAAGCAGGAAGCGGUGUGCAGAUGUUUGUGAGAGAAGGCAGACGCGUAGUUGUACACAGACCGAACGAGUCUUGCGUAGUGGCAAGAGAAAGCUGAAAGACACUUAAGAAGAAAGAGGAAGAGGUGUGGUGUCGUGUGGUGUGGCCAUGAUAAAACACACAAUGUGAACAUGUGUGUGUGUGGGAGUGUGGAAAUCGGUCAGCCUGUGUGCUUAGGGAGGAAUGUGCUGAUAGGAUUGACCGUUUUACUGUUUUUUUUAUCAAAAGAUGGCCAAAAGUCGUUUUGAAGCUCGUAUACCAAAACAUGUUUUAGAAUUUCUGAACAGUAAGAGGCAUGUAUUUGCACAGGUUUGUCUUUGUCCAUACCCGUCAUAUUAACUACAGGAGAUUUAAUUAUUCUGUGAUUCCUGAUCUCUUGAUGAUCGUUGUAGGGAUGCUAUUUUUUAACUGAACAUUUCAAGAGCAGAUAGUUUGAUCAAUUCUUAGUUGCCGAUCUCGAGCGCGCGCGCUCUUUCUUUCUCUCUCUAUCUCUUUCUAAGUCAACUCUUUCGAAAUUGUAAACGCUAGUGAAUUUUUAACAAAACCUGUUUUUCUUUUCCAAACAAUCCCAAAGCACACCGAAACUUUGCCACAGGUUGACCGAUGCAACCACGUUCGAAAUGCAUGCGAUUGAUGCAUAUUCGUGAUUUGUUGACAGACACAGUUCCAAUGUGCACAGAACUGUGUGUUUGUGUGUGUGUGUAAUAACAGCAAAACUGGCACGAAUUUGGUAUGGUAGUGAAGGAAUGUUCCUACUGUUUCUCUUGCACCCAUUUUCCUCCCUUCCGUUGUGUAUUCUUUUAAUUUUCUAAAAGGAUAUUGCUUCUGAAGAGCAAACGCUGCCCUCCCGCCCUUCAUCCCUCCGUGUAGUAAUGGAGAGCAACGACCGGCACGCGAUUUACCAUCACUUUUGGCAAUCCUACACCGUAUCUCUUGCAGCCGAACUGUACAAUGCUAAGGCAGCAUGUUUCUUUGACACGAAGAGGAGUUACGGAAGGAGUUUGUGUGUGUGUGUGGUUCAGAUGCAUCAUCGCUGAUGAAAGCGGAAAGCAAUGUAAAGAAAAACGCAUGGCAAACAACACACUAUCGAAACAAUCGAACCCCCUGUCCUCUCUAUCUCUCACACACAUUCUGUCCGCUCAUCGUCAUGAUGGAGGAUAGUGGUAUGAUGAAACGGAAUAAAACGUUCGGCGAACUGAAACGAA